GCAGCAUUACGACCAACAGAUGUGGUUCUGGAAGUUGGUCCUGGAACGGGUAACAUGACUGUCAAACUUCUGGAGAAAGCCAAGAAAGUAGUUGCAUGUGAGUUGGACACCAGGCUUGUCGCUGAGCUCCAAAAAAGAGUUCAGUGCACUCCAAUGCAAAACAAGCUACAGAUCCUCAUAGGGGAUGUUCUCAAGACAGAGCUCCCCUUUUUUGAUGUCUGCGUGGCUAACUUGCCUUAUCAGAUAUCAUCACCUUUCGUGUUCAAGCUGUUACUUCACAGACCGUUUUUUAGGUGUGCUGUGCUGAUGUUUCAGAGGGAAUUUGCCAUGCGGUUGGUAGCUAAACCAGGAGACAAGCUAUACUGCAGACUGUCCAUCAACACACAGCUCUUAGCCCGCGUGGACCACCUCAUGAAGGUGGGAAAGAACAAUUUCAGACCACCUCCAAAAGUAGAGUCCAGCGUGGUGAGGAUAGAGCCUAAAAAUCCUCCACCGCCAAUCAACUUCCAGGAAUGGGAUGGUCUUGUCAGAAUU